CACUAACGUUCUGACUGUGAUACCGACAGAACACGUGAGAGGGCGUGACCUUUACAGGACUGAACCGUGUCAAACCCCUGAGUCUGGUUUCUCCAGAGAGAAAGACACACACAGAAAAGGAAAACAAAAGAAAAUUAAGCAUCAGCUUAUAUAUAAUGUUUUAUCUGUGCUCUGCUAUCAGCUGCUAAACACGACUUCCUGUGAGGAGAGAGUGUAGAGCACGGAGUUGAUUGUAAAGUACAUUCACAAUCAAGUGAAAGGAAACGGAUCAAGGAUCAUCAUUUGAAGGAAUUACCCUUUGUUAAAGCCAGAGCUGCAGGAUUUAUUCUUAGACUCGAGGCAUCUAAUCUCAGCUGUCACACUCGAGUGGUGAGAAACUGAGCAUCUCAAAGUUCCAGGCUGAGGGAGAAACCACAAGAUCGCUGUUUAUUUAUUAUUUUUUAAAAUUGUAGCAGCCAUGCAGUCAUCUGCGUUGUUCCCUAAUGCUUCCUCCUCCUACCUGGGCCCACAGGGGGAGCCGCCUCUGUCACGCACCGGCUACAUCAUUCUCUCCGUCAUCAUGGCCAUUUUCACCGGUCCGGCCAUCGUACUUAACUCCACCGUGAUUAUUGUGACUCUCAUGCACAAGCAGCUGAGGCAGCCGCUCAACUACGCCCUGGUGAACAUGGCCGUGGCUGACCUGGGAACUGCCGUGAUUGGAGGAGUGCUGUCUGUGGUCAACAACGCCCAGGGAUACUUCUCCCUGGGCAGAACAGGCUGCGUGAUGGAGGGCUUCGCGGUGGCCGUGUGUGGCAUCGCAUCUCUGUGCACAGUGGCCCUGAUUGCGCUUGAGAGGAUGUUUGUUGUGUGUAAACCGCUGGGGCUGAUGACGUUUGAAAGGAAACAUGCGGUCGGAGGAAUCGCCCUGUCUUGGCUGUGGUCACUCACCUGGAAUCUACCCCCUCUCUUUGGCUGGGGCAGGUAUGAACUGGAGGGUGUGGGGACCUCUUGUGCACCAGACUGGCACAGCCGAGACCCUGGGAAUGUCUCCUACGUCCUGGCUUACUUUGCAGUGUGUUUCGCAGUUCCGUUUGUCGUCAUCCUGACGUCGUACACAAGACUGUUGUGGACUUUACAUCGGGUGUCAAAGAUGGACUGUUUGGAAGACGGCGCAGUAGCCAAAGUAGAACUGAAGGUGGCGUGCAUGGUGGUUCUGAUGGUGCUGACGUUUCUGCUCAGUUGGUUGCCGUAUGCCGCCCUGGCCAUGCUUGUCGUCUACGACCCGGACGUGUACAUUAACCCGCUGGUAGGCACCGUUCCUGUUUACCUGGCCAAGAGCAGCACCGUGUACAACCCUCUCAUCUACAUCUACUGCAAUAAACAGUUCCGGAAAUAUGCCGUGCCCUUCCUGCUGUGUGGCAAAGAAUUGUGGGAAGAUGAAGUGUCCGAGGGAACGACCGUUAUGACGGCUAACAACAGAGUUUCGCCCGCCUGAAACGGUUGUAACGCCAUUAACAUCAAACGUAUACAAAAAUAAAAGUUUUUUUUUUGUAACAGUAACAAUUGUGCUACAAUAAAUACACAGAUAAUAAAAACCGUCCUAGUGCGUGCCUG